AUGGCAAAGGGUUGUAUUAAUCUAACAAUUGACCAACUGGUGUUCUGUACAUUAUUUAUGCAAACGAUUGGGACGAAAUUCGUGGAAUCUAAGAUGGCGAUGGCGGGUAAUGAAUCGACUAUUUCUGGAAUAUGGCAAACAUCCACUGAUGGUCAAAGAUAUGAAGAUGUCAGUGUCAAGUUCAAAGGCAAGACUAUGGAAGAACUGAUAUCUCCAACAGUUGACGGAUUUUCUGAUACAGGCAAUAUCAGCGCUGUCACGUCUUCCUGGGCAUCAAAAUUACAACUCGAUACAUUUAAAUGGAACAAAACUACAAUGUCUCCUGCAUCAUUUCAACACAUCUACUGUAAACACACAUGUGUAGAUAAACAAGCAGGUGGCAGUAAUGAUACACAAAUAGACUGCCAAGUUUUAAGCUGCUUCAAGUGUGAUUGCAUGAAACCUCGGUGUGAAGUUUACAACACUUGUUGCCCUGAUGUGGCCACGCUGUCUUCUCAACAAAACAGUCCGAGGAUGUUUCGUCGUUCUAUCACAUAUGAUACUUUACAUUUAAAAACAAUUGAAACGUCACAAAAAAGAUUUGAUCCCGAUUCUUUAAGAAGAAGUUUUACCAAAAACCUAAAAGCUUACGAUGAUUUCAGCAGAGAAACAGAUAUUCACAGCUUCCAUGAAUACGGAUUUUCAAGACGCGAAGCAAACAAGUUACAGUUAAAGGUGCAAUGUGACAACAGCUCGUAUGACAUAAAAUUCCUGUACAUGAGAUCGUGUUCACCGGAUGUCCAAGUUUCCGAUGAGGUCAAAUCACUCUGUGAAAUAGACAUUGCAAACGAUAAUGUCAGCAUGGAGUCCACUGCUCGAGUUGUGGAUAACAGUACUAGUGUUGUCUAUUACAACCAAUUCUGUGCCAUCUGUAACGGCGUAGAUGAGUGGCUUCCUUGGGAGGUCACGGUGGACUGUCUUCACUUUAUGCGUGUCUACACGGCCACCACCCAAGAGGAGUUCUUCAGACAGGCCAGCCGCAGUGAUUCCUCCUGCAGCAUACGACAGUAUCCUCCUCCAAACGUGAAGCUGGCCAGCUGCGACCCGGACAUGUUCAGUGACGAGCCAGUAGCUGCCUGCAACGUGACGGGGCUGUGGCCGGAGUACGACCAGGACGUGGAGGAGGGCUGCCACUCAUUGACAGGCCUAAUCUACAGGGUCUAUGAUGAGUCUAGAUACCCACGCAAAGAUCGAACCUUUCGACUAUACACAAAUAUCUUCUGUGCUAUAUGCAAUAGGGACCCUGGCGAUGGUAAAUGUGAUACCUGGGUGGACGUUAACGGCUCCAGACAAAAGGCGCCAUUUUCUAUUCUGUUUGGUGUGCACAACGAGCCUCCAAGACAGGAGAACGACGAACUCUCAAACAGAUGUUCAAACACAGAAUGGUUGAGCCCCGAUGGACAAUGCUUCCCCUUGUACUGCUCCCCUGGCAAGAUUCUCGUUAACAGAACAUGCGAGACGGGACUGAAGCAGAUUACCGGACUUGGAUAUCACCUUCGGUUAUGGUUCUUGCAUCGGACAGACGAAAUGAAGGAAACAAGGGACAGAAUCACAACAUUACCCGUUGAUGUUAUUGGAGACAUAUUUUAUAAUAAGCCAACGGACGUCUCGCUGACAGUUAACGAGACAUACACGUGGGAAGGGUCAGAAAGAACCACUCUCAACUCAAUGACAACCACCAAUGAGGAAGAUAAACCCCUGAGACAGUUUGACUUCCAGGUUCCAUUUGGUUAUUUGGUCACUGGAGAUGUUGUAGCUUCCGAUGCGAUAGGCAGAGACGAGUUUGAGGAAAUGCUGAGGCAGGCAUUUCUUUACGAAAUCUUGGAAGUAGAGUUCGAUGAUAGCGUAAAUGAAAGUUUUCAGCCUGUUGUCAUGUGGACUGAUCAUAGUCCGGAAGUAUACUGUGCGCAUGUCAGAAAGAGGCAUCAGGAACGCUAUCAAGUUAACAGUAACAAAAAUGAAGACAAUUUCUGUUUGGUAAAUAUAUACGACGAUUAUAAUAACAAUCCCUUUGAGGGCCAUGACUAUUUCCUUAACUACUCUGAACUAUUAACGUGUAGUUAUUUAGUGCUUCAACCUUCCACGUAUAUCGUGGAACAAGUAGAGGGAGAUGUUGUACCAAGUAUACAGGUGAAUGUUAACUUCGGUGGUAUUAAUGCUAUUUUUACUAACACAUCGGAUCUCAACAAGAUAUCCAAAGGCAUCAAUGGGACGCUGCAUAUUUGUCUGGAGCUGUUUGAGAGCUUUAGACCAGAGUUUGUUUCUGAUCCAGCCAGUGAUAGGUUCUUCGUUCAGUACAUUCUGUCCGUUGUGUGUUUGGCUCUCUCCAUGGUAUGUCUUCUGCUGGCUCUGGUGACCUACGCCAUGUUUCCCGCCCUGCGUAGUGUGGCGGGAAGGAAUAAUAUGUGUCUCUGCACAACUCUAAUGCUGGCCCAGGCGAUGAUUCUUGCAAGCUCCCAUAUGUCGCCGGACCUUGGAGUUGUCUGCGUGGCUGUGGGCGUGGCCACACACUUCCUCUGGCUGUCAGUCACGUGCUGGAGCUUCCUAUGCUGCUUCCACAUGUUCCGAGUGUUCACGUCCAAGACCCGCAGCUCUUACUCCACGACCAGCUCCAGGAACAUCCUUCUGGGCAAAAACCUGGCCUGUUCCUUGCUGCUUCCAGCGGUGGUCGUGGUUGUUGUUGUGGUUACCAUGCAUACAACGUCUGAUGCUCGUAGAACAGCCAUGGUGCUGCCCAUUUUGUCUGUGUCUUUGAUGAACAUUGUCUUCUUCCUGAUCACGGUGGUGCACAUCCAUCGGGUGCGCAAACUUCAAAAGCACGAAUCUUUCAAGAAGAUGGACCUGCAGCAUCUGUACGUCUACAUCAAGCUCUCAACAAUGACCGGGGCAUUCUGGGUGCUGUCUGUAACAGGCGAAGUUCUCGACCUCGAUGCUUUAAGGAUUGCUGGAAUACUGCUUAAUGGGCUUCAAGGCCUGUUUAUCUUUGUCUCCUACACCUGCAACAAACGAGUUAUGUCCCUUUAUCUGCGCGGUCUAGGUAUCCAAAGCCCUACCACCACAACUACCACCACCACAACUACAACCACAACUACGUCUUCGAACCAAGCAAGCACUACAAUGAGGCUCCCAAAAAGAAUUAAUCAGCAGACGCAACACAGUCCCAGCAUCAAGAUAGUUGCUGCCUCUGAAGAGGAAGGUACACAAACUCUUCAAGAAGUACGUAAUGCUGAGACAACCAGACAAGAACAAGCGACUAGAUCUGACGGUGAUUUUCAAGAAGACACCAUAGAUCUGACUGAGACAGAUUUUAAUCGUGAUGAUUCUGGAGAUAGUGGGAUUGUAAAUCCCAUGUUUUCAAGCGAAACUGGUAUACUACCGUAG